GUUAAAUAGAUAUUCUAUUUGAAUAGUUUUUGUAUUAAAUGCUGCAUUUUUAUAAUUUAAUUUUAUUGUUAAAAUGAAUGAGACUGAAGACGAUCUUACAACAUUUUGUGAUUCAGCGGCAUCAUUAGUGGAAGGAUGUCGUUUACCAGUUCGAAUGCAAGGAGGUGAUGACUGGCCUUUAGCAGAAAUUAUUAGCAUCAAAGAAAUACGUGGAAAGAGAGGAUAUUAUGUACACUAUGUUGACUUCAAUAAAAGAUUGGACGAGUGGGUUGGUGAGACAUGGUUGGACACACGCAAAGUCCAGUUUCCUCGGCGAGAUGGUGCACCUACCGGAGGCACCACCACUCCAAAGAAGACCCAUAUUGGAUCAGGAGGUGCCGUGAUGCCACAUUUUAUUAAUGAUAGUGUCUGCACUGAAAUUCAGAAGUCUAAUAGCAAUACAAAUAAAGCCUCUGUAGUGAAUCAACCACCUCAACCUCAACCCAAAUUGCCUGAAAAAACCCACUUUAGCAAUGCACUGAAUGGUUCUGCACAUAAAAAUGCACAUGGUUUGCCUGGUGAGCCGCGACAACUUAUAUCCAGACCUGCCAGCCCUACACUGGGACAUGACUCGACUUCCCUCGUCAACGGGGGUGCGGUGUUGGCCGCCGCCCUCCAAAAGAAGAUUAAUAGGAAAAGAAAAGCGAACUCGAUGGAAACAGAGGAGCUGACCCCCGGCGGCGACGCGGAGGGCGAGGCGCCAGCGAGUGGGGCGGCGACGCCGACGCCGCGGCCGCGGCAGUCCGGCAGCAUGGUAGCGCACGGCCACGACGACCUCGUUACCCGCAUGAAGAACAUCGAGAUGAUCGAACUCGGCAGGCACCGCAUACGGCCCUGGUACUUCGCGCCAUAUCCACAGGAAAUGGUCCAUUUACCUUGUAUCUACAUUUGUGAAUUUUGUCUGAAGUAUAGAAAAAGUAAAAAAUGUUUAGAACGACACUUGAUUAAAUGUAAAUUAAAACAUCCACCCGGAAACGAAAUAUACCGAAAAGGCAGUAUAUCGUUCUUCGAGAUCGACGGCCGCAAGAAUAAAUGCUAUGCCCAAAAUCUAUGUCUACUCGCCAAACUGUUCUUAGAUCACAAAACACUUUAUUACGAUACGGACCCGUUUUUAUUUUACGUAAUGACAGAAUUCGAUUCAAGAGGCUUCCAUAUCGUAGGUUAUUUUUCAAAAGAAAAAGAGAGCACAGAAGACUACAAUGUAGCAUGUAUACUUACAUUACCUCCUUACCAAAGAAAAGGGUAUGGAAAACUAUUAAUCGAAUUUAGUUAUGAAUUAUCUAAAUUUGAAGGCAAGACUGGUUCCCCAGAGAAACCCCUGUCGGAUCUUGGAUUGCUCUCCUACAGGAGUUAUUGGGCACAAACUAUUUUAGACAUACUCAUGCACGCAAAACCAGUCGGCGACAACGAGAAACCUAUUAUUACCAUAAAUGAAAUUUGUGAAUUAACUAGUAUAAAGAAAGAAGAUGUCAUAAGCACACUGCAAAACCUAAAUUUAAUCAACUACUAUAAGGGACAAUACAUAAUAUCAGUCAACCAGCAACACGAAAAAACUAUGGAGAAGAGAACGUUAAGAAUAGAUCCUAAAUGUCUCCACUGGACACCAAAAGAUUGGUCUAAACGCGCGAAAUGCGUUUGAAGCGAGAUGCGAGCUAUCUAACUCAGGCUUCAAAACGUAACAAAUAGCAUCCUAUCGACAAAACAACAACUACAAAUACGUUUAAAUAAAUUUACUGUGCCUAGCAAAAAUUAUCAAAAUUCUAAUUCUGCAUUUGCAAUUUUGGUAACAUUUGUUAGUUAGACAAAAUUUUAAAUUGUUUACUUACAGUUGUUAUGUGGCUCUCCAUAUUGAGUAUAACAACGUUGCGAUGCACUGUUUAUAUAUAUGUAUAUAUAUAUAUAUAUUCACUAGCUUUUUGCCCGUUUUUAGAAAAACGAAUGAAACAGAUACAUUAAUAGAUUUAUUGUGUUCCAACAUAAAACAUAUACCAGAUUUUAACUGACAAACAAACAACUACGAAAACUGCAUACAAUUUGAUGCAGUAGUUUUUGCAUGAUGCCGUAACAAACAUACAGACGAACAGAGAAAAUCUCAAAAAUAAUUAUUUUGGUUUUUAUUUGUAUUUUUAUAUAUAUAAGACAUCGCAAGUUUUUUUUUUUUUUUUUUUUUAUUACAUUAGUAAAUCGUAAAACUAAUAUAAUUAGACCGUAAUUUGUUCGUCUUUCUGUACACACGUCCACACGGACUCAUUUACCUUACCAUCCAUCUGCCCCUCUUCGCAUAGAUACUGCCACAUCCGAUAUGCAAAGAUUUAAAAUGUAUUUAGUAUAAAAAUGUAUGUAAUUUAUAUUUUUUAUUCCAAUUAUGUUACUGGCUAUCUGUACAGCCAACAACAAAAAUAAGUGAUCAAAACCAAAAGGUAAUGAACAUUUACAUCAGAAUUGUGGCAACAACGUACUCUUAAAGUAGGUAGUCAUAAAAUGUAAUUUUAUUGUUGCUACCGAAUUCUGACACAAUCUAUGGUCAUUAAUAUUGACUCUCUGAUUUUUGUUACUUUUGUUUAUGGUACCUACAUAUAGAAGCCAUUGCUGUGACUAGCAACUAUCACAACCCAAAUACAACAUAAAUAGUGCUUGUGCUUAGGUAAUUUACUCCACUUUCCUUACAUUGUAUUCUAAUCCUCUUAUUUACAAAAACAUCAAGUCUCACAUAAAUCUAUUUUAGCUAUUAAAGUAUUUUGUCUUUUUCUUUUGCACUAAAUUCUCAAUAUGUAAAAAAUCGACAUAAUACUUAAAUAGUUAAAAGAUGUUUGUAGGAUGUUUUAGUUUUUAUGAAUAUGGGGAUACCAUGAUAUAACUUAUAGACUGAGAAAUGUCAAUAUGUUAUAAUGAAAAAUAAAAAUGCCAUAGAUGAGGUAUUGGCACUUCGCAGUUAAUCUCAUCUAAAGAUGUUACCUUGGUGAUAAGAUGUAUAUGUAAUGUAUCAUUAUAUGGUUCAGUCGAUUUCAGAUUUUUCAAAUCGGAUAUCGACAAUGUAUGUAGUAAAUUUUGUAACGUAAGACACUCGUUGUGAUAUUAAAUAAUAUCAUAGUUUUUAAAA